AUGUGCCCCUCUUCAGUGUCCACCACCUCCUGUUUCGCACUCAAUCAUUACUAUCUCUCCAUAUUCACUUCUCUUGCAUUCUCAACGUCAAACCCAAACCAAAACCUCUCAUUUCUUCCUCUCUCGCGCCGCAACCAAACACGCCCUAAUCAAACUCCAACGAUCAUGUCCAACUCUGACGCAGCCACUAACGCCGUCACCACUAUCGACGCUAACGCAAUCGUCGACUCGCAACACCGAACUACUACCACCACCACAACCACGCAGGCCACGCCGCUGCCCGUUAAGAAACCGCCCUCCAAGGACCGCCACAGCAAAGUCGACGGUCGCGGACGCCGCAUUCGCAUGCCGAUCAUAUGUGCGGCGCGCGUGUUCCAGCUCACGCGUGAGCUCGGCCACAAGUCCGACGGCCAGACCAUCGAGUGGCUCCUCCGCCAGGCCGAGCCUUCCAUAAUCGCUGCCACCGGCACCGGCACCACUCCGGCCACCUUCUCCACCGUCUCUGACCACAAGCCCCUCCUUCCUCCCCCCACGCCCUUCAUCCUCGGCAAGCGCAUUCGCCCCGACGACACCGACGCCGUUUCCAAGGAUGACGCCGUUUCGCUCGUCGCGCCACCCACGCCGCCAGCACUCUGGGCGCUCCCGCCGCGCCCUGACUUCAGUCAGGUCUGGAGCUUCGCCGCCGCUGCCGCAGCAGCGCCGCCGGAACUCGUCUCCGUCUCGACUCAGAACUCCAUGUUCCAUCACCACCACCACCAACACCAUCACCAGCAACAACAACAAGCCGCCAUGGGAGAAGCCUCCGCUGCGAGGCUCGGAAAUUACCUCCCCGGCCACCUCAAUUUGCUGGCCUCGUUGUCCGGCGGUCAUGGAAAUUCCGGCCGGCGAGAGGAGGAGCCGCGUUGA